GGCCCGCGGUGGCGGCCCAGCGCGGCACUUGGCUCUGCAAGGCGAGAGCCGAGCGGGCGGGUGCUACCGGCGGGCCGGGGUUCUAGGGUGCUUGUUGUCUUCUGUGGUCCAGUCGGCGCACCAGGGCGCGGGCAGCACCCGGGGCCCCUAGGGCGGGCCCCGGGCUCGGGGCGGCGGGAGUCAGGGGCCUCCUGCCCGGGCGCCGGGACCAUGGCGCUGCGCGCCCGGGCGCUGUACGACUUCAGGUCCGAGAACCCCGGCGAGAUCUCACUGCGGGAGCACGAGGUGCUGAGCCUGUGCAGCGAGCAGGACAUCGAGGGCUGGCUCGAAGGGGUCAACAGCCGCGGCGACCGCGGCCUCUUCCCGGCCUCGUACGUGCAGGUGAUCCGCGCCCCCGAGCCCAGCCCCGCAGGCGACGGCGGCCCUGGCGCCCCGGCUCGCUACGCCAACGUGCCGCCCGGCGGCUUCGAGCCCCUGCCCGCGGUGCCGCCCGCCUCCUUCAAGCCGCCGGCCGACGCCUUCCAGCCGUUGCUUCAGCCUCAGCAGGCGCCGCCGCCGAGCACCUUUCAGCCGCUGGGCGCGGGCUUCCCGUACGGCGGGGGCGCCCUGCAGCCGUCGCCUCAGCAGCUCUACGGCGGCGGCGGCGGCGGCGGCGGCGGCUACCAGGCCAGCCAGGGCAGCGACGAUGACUGGGACGACGAGUGGGACGACAGCUCCACGGUGGCGGACGAGCCGGGUGCGCUGGGCAGCGGCGCGUACCCGGACCUCGACGGCUCGUCGUCUGGGGUCGGCGUGGCCGGUCGCUACCGUCUGUCGACGCGCUCUGACCUGUCGCUGGGGUCCCGCGGCGGCUCGGCGCCCCGCCACCACCCGCAGCACCACCCGUCGGGGGCCAAGAGCUCGGCCACCGUGAGCCGCAACCUCAACCGCUUCUCCACCUUCGUCAAGUCGGGUGGGGAGGCCUUCGUGCUCGGCGAGGCGUCGGGCUUCGUGAAGGACGGGGAAAAGCUGUGCGUGGUGUUGGGGCCCUACGGUCCGGAGUGGCAGGAGAACCCCUACCCUUUCCAGUGCACCAUCGACGACCCCACCAAGCAGACCAAGUUUAAGGGCAUGAAGAGCUACAUCUCCUACAAGCUGGUGCCCACCCACACGCAGGUGCCCGUGCACCGGCGCUACAAGCACUUCGACUGGCUGUACGCGCGCCUGGCCGAGAAGUUCCCGGUCAUCUCGGUGCCCCACCUGCCCGAGAAGCAGGCCACGGGCCGCUUCGAGGAGGACUUCAUCUCCAAGCGCAGGAAGGGCCUGAUCUGGUGGAUGAACCACAUGGCCAGCCACCCGGUGCUGGCGCAGUGCGACGUCUUCCAGCACUUCCUGACGUGCCCCAGCAGCACCGACGAGAAGGCCUGGAAACAGGGCAAGAGGAAGGCCGAAAAGGAUGAGAUGGUGGGCGCCAACUUCUUCCUGACCCUGAGCACGCCCCCCGCUGCCGCCCUCGACCUGCAGGAGGUGGAGAGUAAGAUCGACGGCUUCAAGUGUUUCACCAAGAAGAUGGACGACAGCGCGCUGCAGCUCAACCACACGGCCAACGAGUUCGCGCGCAAGCAGGUGACAGGCUUCAAGAAGGAGUAUCAGAAGGUGGGCCAGUCUUUCCGCGGCCUCAGCCAGGCCUUUGAGCUGGACCAGCAGGCCUUCUCGGUGGGCCUGAACCAGGCCAUCGCCUUCACCGGAGAUGCCUAUGACGCCAUCGGCGAGCUGUUCGCCGAGCAACCCAGGCAGGACCUGGACCCGGUCAUGGACCUGUUAGCGCUGUAUCAGGGGCACCUGGCCAACUUCCCGGACAUCAUCCACGUGCAAAAAGGAGCUCUUACCAAAGUAAAGGAGAGUAGGCGACAUGUGGAAGAAGGGAAAAUGGAGGUUCAAAAGGCUGAUGGCAUUCAAGAUCGCUGUAACACUAUUUCUUUUGCCACUUUGGCUGAAAUUCACCACUUCCAUCAAAUUCGAGUAAGAGACUUUAAAUCACAGAUGCAGCAUUUCUUACAACAACAAAUAAUAUUUUUCCAAAAAGUGACCCAGAAAUUGGAAGAAGCUCUUCACAAAUAUGACAGUGUUUAAUGACUGGACAUUGAAUUAUGGACUUUUUUUCAGUUUGAGGAAAUUUCUACAGCAGAAUAAAAACUGCUAUCAAAGACCUAUUGCCAACUGUCAGUGGUGGUACAAGGAUGAUUUUGUGUUCAAAUGAAACCCAGCUGAAUAUAUAAUUAUGUAGGAAAGAAACAGUUAAUAUGGUUAUGUAAUAGAAACAGUACCACACAUUGUAACUAAAUUAUACUACGUAUGCCUACACUACCAUUGUAACUUUUUGAAUAAUGAUUAUACUAUUUGCCUUAUUGCUUUUUGAAGUAUGGGUAUUUUAGUGCAUACUUUGUAGACCUCAAAACCCAUGAAGAGUCUCAAAGAAGCUGGCUGGAUAAAAGCCUGCUGUGGAUGCCUUUUUACUCUCAUAGAUCGGGAUUACCUAAAUUCAACCUAUUCUCUGUUUACAAACUCCAACUAGAGCAGCUAUGCUACUUUGUGCCUUUAGACUCUUGGUUUUCAUUUCUUCCCCCUCCUUUUAAUUUUUUUUUUUUUUAAGUAAGCCACAACUUUUAUGAAUGAAAGUGUAAAAGGCCAGUGCAUAUAAUGACAAACUGAUGGCCACCUCAUGUUUGCUGAGGGUGGGGGUGGGGAUCAGCUGUCAUCAGUUUGCACGGCGAGUAUUAUCUCCUGAUAAAAUGCCGGCAAGAGCAGAGAAGAGGGACUCGAUGGUCAUCUCAGAAUGAAGUCUUUUAGGAAGGGAUGUGGUGCCACUCUAUUCCCUUAGAUGCUAUAGUAGCAGAAGUCUCUUUACUCAAGGGAAAACUUGGCAUGAAGAUUUAAGCGAACAUGUCUUAUAAAAUGGAGAAGAGGAGUCUGGUCAAUCAGGGGAUACAAGUACAGGAUCAGUGACAAUACACACUCAGUUUUAAGUUCUUAAAGAUUUUUUGUUUUGUUUUUAGCUUAAAGAUUUUAAUAUUUAGUGUGUGUGUUUUUUUCUUAAUGGAUCCAUACUGUUAACUGAUUGAGACUCCACUGUGAUUCACUCGUUUACUUAAUCAAAAACUUUUCAGGGAUGUCUGUAAAAUUCAGUGUUAUUCGUGAUGAAAAGUAGUGUUGGUUGCUAUGAGGAGGGACCAGAAAUAAUUUCUAUUAUUCCAAAUACUGAAGGAAAAAAUAAUUGAUUUAUACUGCAUUUAAAAAAAAAAGUAUUGAUAAGCCCCAGAAUAUUUGACCUUAAAAGUUAUUUUAAUAUAUUCUUUUAUUAUUAUAAGGGAAAUACAAAUGGCUGAUAAAUACCAAAAAGAUUCAAAAGCAGCUUAAUUUAAAAAGCACAAAGAUUCUGGCUUGAAAUGCCAAACUCUCAAUGUUUUUGUAGUUGGUGAGCUAAAUAAUGUGAUCCUUGAGUUUACAGAUUUAAAACUGUCACUGAAAGGUUAAAAUAUCCACUGUUUUUAUGAAGUCAAAUUUAUGCUGCCUCAGAAAUCCCUUGGUACUGAAAUGGUAACCUGGAAGUAAAGAGGUCAGUUGGAAAAUUGGUGAGUCACUAGGUCAGUUUGCAGAUAGUAAAAAACGAAAAGGUUAUUGAAACAGAUACUCAACAGCACAUUUAAUUUCUAAAAAGUAAUUCAUAUGGGUUAUAUUUUUUAAGACUAGUUUAUCAUUUUGACCCUUGGUCAAAAUUUCAUACCUUAGAAAUUUUUGAUUUGACAUCAUGUGGCUUUAUCUUUACUAUAGAUAUUCAGAACUGUAACCAAAUACAUUGUCCUCUAAAAAGUAACCUUUAUCUUCUUGAUUGCAAAAUACAGUUCUGUAAACAAAAUCCAUAUAUAUAAAAAUGUUAAUUUUAUUGUAGGAGUUGGGAGAGUAUAGUGUUUAAAGUUUGAGUCUGUAUUGGACAGAUAAGCACUAUGCUUUUCAAAUGAUGUGAAAAAUCACUUGUCUCUAUUUUGAUGUUGGUUUGAGGGUUUUUUGUUUUUGUUUUUUUUGUUUGUUUUUUUUAAAGAAAAUCACUAAACUUGUGCAAUGAUAGCAUGGAAAUUAUCUGAGGUCUUGUAUGAUUGUGCUUUAGCCAGGGUGGAUAUAGCUUAAAUUAUAACAACUAAAGAUUAAAGUACAAGGAAGUAGCAGUUCAUGCUGCCUACUUCUAAGAGAACCUUUUUACUUUGUAACUACAUUACAUUAUAAUGCCACUGAUUCAUAAGGGGUUUCAAUUAUUUUUGUGAGGUAGAACACCAGAAUUACUAGUCUUCCUUUUCAUCUAAGAUCUUUAUUUCUCAGACAGUCCUGUUGGAGCAUUUCAGGACUCAACAUUGCUGCAACGUUAAUGCCCAAGAGAAAAGCCAUCAUGAGUGUGUGCUGGUUGUCACGACCAGCGUGGAACGAUUUUUAAAAAAUAAACUGUCAUGCCCUUCA